AUGUUUCGAUCGCUCUUUCGCCGACCGCGCAAGGUCGCUAUCCCCAGGGAGGACAGCGGCACGAUAGGCUUCCAGAGGGUCAAGGUGUCAGAGAAGCCACGAAACAGUAUAACCAGAACUAUUGCCAAUGUGGUUGUGCUAUACUGCGCCUACCGGACCGUGGUUCUACUCGUCUAUGGGCCCAGCCCCGAACUGAAGAAGAGAUGGGACGAGGCGAAGAAAGACACCCUGAAGGACUACGAGAAACGACAGCAGGCACUGAAAGACAAAUCAAAGCCGUCCGAGGUAUUGGCACAGCAGCGACAUGGCGCCUUUGCCAAAGCAAAAGGCUUCGGCAAGCAAGCCGCCGAAAAAGAAGACCUCGCCGAGAAGGAUGGCGAUAGCACCAUCUUGAUGACCAUUCCCGGCUGGAUCAAGGAACUGGACCCAAAGCCUAUCAAGCCUGACGAUCCAGAGAUGAAAGCCUUUGAAACUUUGAAGCAGGACGACAAAGCAAUCAAGAAGCUCAUGCAAAUCUUCGACGAUGGGAUCUCCCAGCAAGUCGCCAACAACCGCCGCCACCAGGCCGCCAUCAGGAUCAUUGGCUUCAAAGCUCAGGUUGGCCGAGAUCUGAAUUUUCAGCCCAUGUUCUUUCAUCCGCCAAGAUAUGCAAUGCGAUGCAUCGUCGGCACAACCACGGGCACUAUCAAAUUGAAAUGGACAGAACUGGACCCAGAGCAGGGUGCGCGAUUACAGAAAAUGCUUCACCCAGUAGUCAUGAGUCAAGCUUUCUUUGCCGGCAUUUGGGCUUUCACCACUACUUCCGCAGCAUUAGCCACGGCCAAGGUAAUGGACCUACUAUACCCAGCCAGAACUUAUAAGCUCAAGACAGAGUACGGUAAGAUAGGUAAAUGGCUCGUCAUCAAAAACCAGCAGUUCGGUUACUCCCUUGGCUACGAGGACAAAGUUAUCACCAAGCUGCCAUCACAGCGGUGGAACAAUGAACAGGCCGAAAAGAAUCUCCCGUUCCUCAAGGCUCGUGCCUUGAAUCACGCAAUCGACAUGUUCAAGCGCAAAUGGAUCCAGGGCCAACUCAAGUCUCAACGGCACACGGCUGCUGGCGCCGUCAAUAUCGUUGGCUUCUACGACUUCAUUGGCGAUAAGGGACGCUACCGCGUUGAGGUCUUCGGCACAUACGUUCCAGGUGACAAUGUCAUGAUAGGUCCGCCACAAAUCACCGGCGGAAAGAUUCUUGCCGACAUGAGUUCGCGAUCGAAACCACAAUCGAGGACACUGCCGUCUGUUAUGAAGAGUCCCGAAGACAUGAACAUACCGCACGACUCCUCGCUAGCUCCUGCCAUAGCGGCGCCAACAGAGAACUCUGAUCAGGUGUCAGCGACAGUAGCAAGGCAGGGUGAAGAAAAGUCUCAUUCGGCGGAUGAACCUGAGCAGCUGGCCGCCAAAGCUGUUAUUGAAGGCAUGCGAGGUAUUGCUCCCACAGGCGAAUUGCCAGCGCCUGAGGUGAUGCGCGCAGACCUAGUCGAGGCUCGCACGGCAAUGAAGGAGUCGCAUAAAGCGUUAAAGGCGCUAAUCGAAUCUGUGCAGGAUGGACACGAGGCUCCACCACCAGAGCUACGUGCAAAGGUAGCCGCAGACAAAGCGUUGAACAAAAUCUUGGCUGACAAGACUGCGGCGUCGAUCGCCAGACCUGGUUUGCCACCAGCCCACAAGCAGAUUUUAGAAGAAAUGCGCGAUCAGCUUGGUGCAGACAGGGCGGUGUUGGAGCAAGCCGAACAAAGGCUGAACGAGCUUGCCGCAGCAACAGCGAAACCGAAGGAGAAAUCUAAUUAUGUCGACCCUCAAGCCGGAACACAUGCGGCGAGCAUUCAAAACAUGAAGGCACUGGCGGCAAAAGUCCAGGACAGGUCUCUUCCCACUGAUGCUCGAUAUGCAGCGGCCCAAGCGUUGGCAAAGCAGACAGCCGAGCAUCUUGCGGCGCAGACGGCGACGAUCAAGGCGAAAGGUGCCGCAAUCGGGCCGGCGGAGGAAGGACUCGAGCCUCCAUCUCCACAGCUACGCAAUGCGCUAGCAGAGUACAGGGAAUCCCAUCGAAAACAAGUGGCCAAGUCCGGGACAACAGCGGGACAAGCUUUUGUCGAUAUGUUUGGACCCAUACCACCGGAUCAGCCUGAGUGCAAAGCCGGGCUGCAGGCAAUGUCAGACGACAUUGCUGAAAAGUUCGCGGUACAGAUGGAGGAGGUAGAAAGAGCCGAACGCAAGAUCGCAGAGUACGAUGCCAAUGUUCGUCAAACGCGGCAGGAGAACCAGGCGGAACAAAAGCCUGGUCAUGUUGACGCGCAGAUCGCAGCGGCAACACUGAAGUCCCGAGGAACUCCUCACGCUUAUGAUGCUCGACUCGCGGCAGAACUCGCGAAAACGAGGGUAGAGAAUGACAUGAUCGCGGAGAUGACGAAGGAGAUCAAGGCGCUUUCUGCAAGGCUAGAAUCUGAGCCUGGAUCCCCGCCACAAAGGGCGCGCGAUGCGCUGGCCAGGCUGAAGGCUCAAGGCAAAUCUGCUUUGGAGGGUCUUACGUACAAGCCGCCAAGCCAUACACCGUUUAUGAACCUGAAGAUCCCGAUCAUGCCCGGUGGAUAG